AUGCCCUCACAUCCAAAUUAACCAAUCAGGGACUGAGGUUUUAUAACGUCAUUGGGGUCCCAAGGAGAAAAGACAACCCGCUGCGUGUGUUGAAAAAUGAUGGUGAGAAAAAACAAAAAGGAUCACAGAUAAGCGAGUGUCUAAGAAAAAGCCGAUUCGGAAGGUGCGUCGGGAAGCGGAUGCUAACUCCGUUAUACGCCAACCCAAUUGUUAACGCUGCGUUACCGAUACAUUAGCCGAAUCCUUUGGCAGUUUCGUACUGUGUUAAGAGUUUUGGCGCGUGAGAUGGCUAAAGCAUGAGUGAUUUUCGUGUUUCAUAACUCUUGUCAGGACUGGAACAGCUGUUAAUUGUGACUGAACAUUACAAAGGUGUUUAAUCUCCGUGGUGGAGCAGAAUGAGGGGCUUGCUCAGGGUUGCAGCGGUCCUUUCGUAUUUGCUACUAGCAGACGCGAUUAUUAAGAAUGACGAUGAUGAGUUGCGGUUGGUCCAUGAUCUGUUCGCGAAUAGCAGCCAGGAGGUCCGACCGGUCAAGAACAAGGAGUCCGCCAUUAAGGUUUUCUUCGGUAUCGCUUACACGCAGCUUGUAGAACUGGACGCCAAGAAUCAAGUGCUCGUAAGCAACGUAUGGAUCAGACAGAGAUGGAAUAACCAUUUGCUGAGGUGGAAUGAGUCUCACUAUGGCGGAAUCAAGUCCAUAAACAUUGACCCUAAGCUUGUGUGGCUACCCGAUAUCGUGCUAUACAACAAUGCCGAGAAAGGGCUGACCAGCGGUUCCAUGGACCAGUUCAAAACUAAAGUAAUCCUGUCAUCUGACGGCACGAACACGUGGUAUGCGCCCUCGAUCCUCCGCAGUCGCUGCUCUAUCGACAUCACGUUCUUCCCCUUCGAUGACCAGCGGUGCACGCUGCAUUUCGGCUCGUGGACCUAUGAUGGUCUGAGAGUGGAUCUAACGAACAUGAGCGCAAGCGUGGACUUGUCGUCCUACAUGCCUAGCGGGGAGUUUGAGAUGAUUAACGCCCCCGUGGACAGGAUCAUCGUACGUUACAGCUGUUGCCCCGAGCCCUACCCAAACCUGGUGUUCACCCUGCACAUCCGGCGCAAGGUCCUCUUCUACUUCAAUAACCUGAUCGUCCCCUGCUUCCUGAUCACCGCCUUCGCCCUGCUGACCUUUGUGCUGCCACCGAACACAGGGGAGCGUGUCACCCUCGUCAUUACCACCCUACUCGCCAUGACAGUGUUUAUGUUGAUGAUCGCGGAGAAUACCCCAACCACCUCAGACGUCACCCCACUUAUCGGGAAAUUCUUCGUUGCUUCCAUGGUUGAGAUCGGCCUCGCUCUUAUAGCCACGUGUUUCGUGCUUAACAUCUACGAGUCGACUGGUCCUUCCGAAGAUGUCCCGAACUGGAUCCGAACCCUGCUGCUCGAGUACCUCGCACCUUUGCUUCGAGUCACCAAACCCAAAGAGAAGCCAACCCACAAAAUCAGUUCGAACCCACACUACACGCACGGCUACGUCCCGAUAUUCCCCGACAGUAACGGAAACCCACCCGAUGACCACACGAACAACAGCACCCCCAAAGACGUGAUCGUAAUGACACCGAAAGUCGGCGACAAGAUGCUGAACUCGCGCGACUUCAUCACGACAGUUAACGACAACCACAUGCGUUUCCGAGGAGGCAAUCCGGUGCACGAUCGAUUACUCGAGGGAAUAACGAUUCUCACCGACAGAGCUCGGGAACAAGAGAAGGUGGAAGGUAUCAAGGAGGAAUGGGAAUCUGUUGCUAGGGUCAUUGACAGGCUAUUUUUGUUGCUGUUCAUAGCAACUGUUGCCAUAUCAACAGCGAUGAUUUUCCUACAAAGACCUAGCUACGCCACGAUGUAGAGCUUACUUGCUUUUUAUGGAGUUCAAAUGUUCCGAGUCCCAUUAGUAAAUUUGAAAGAUCACUUGUGGGAGCGAUGCAACGUGGAUUACAAAAUCCUAGAAAAUUAUUGAAAAACGUCACGCAAUGACGUGUGUACAUCAAGCAAUGACGUGCGUACGUCACGCAUUGACGUAAGGACGACGCAAAAUCAGAUUUUCUUCAGACAUCAUCGACAACUGGGUUAAAAAAAACAUUCUCCGGGAGAUUGGAGUAAUAUUUAUAUGAACUUUACCAGUCAAAGUAUAUAAGACAAAUCCCUUCUCCUGAAGAGCGUCCCUAUGGAUGACCAAUGGCCUCGAAUCAGCUAAUAAAUAAAUAAGGACAUGACGGUUGUAUGACGUCAUCUCCAGAAAUAGCAUGUGAUUGAUGACGUCAUAAAGACUGUAACGCCGAGAGCGGUUAAUCAAUUAACCGGUGUUAGUGGUGACGUUAUAUCAGGAAUGUCAUGUCUCACGUGACUUCAAUUCGACAGAAAUGUCAUCUGCGGUGAAGUCAUGCAAUUAGAUACUGAAAAACUGCGAAAGUUUUGUGUUUGCACGAUCAUUUUGGUAUCAGACUCUGUGCGCAACUACUAAGUGCGACAAAUGCUGAGAACCAGUGUAUACAAUAUAAAAAGGCAUUUUUUUUGCGUCAGGGUAUAAAAAAGCACGCCUAGUCUUCCCAGAGUGCAUUGCAUUUUUCAUGAUUUCAAAGAAAUAAGAUUCACAUUUAAGACAAUUUGGGUGACUAUUCAAGACAUACAGUAUGUUUAACUAUGUUAAGAAUUGGUAUUAGAUUUCAAAGAAAUAAGAUUCACAUUUAAGACAAUUUGGGUGACUAUUCAAGACAUACAAUAUGUUUAAUUAUGUUAAGAAUUGGUAUUAGUAUCUGCCAAAUUUUCGUCUGAAGAAGUAUUAUUGAAGACGAAAAUUUGGGUCGAAUAUUGUUUUGUAUUUAUUCGUCUGGUUAACGAUCAUGACUAAUUAGGCCUUUUGUAUUGAUUAAUUAUGUAAAGAAAUAUUUCUGCCUGACAACCUUGACAAGAGUUUUACAGUUUUCGCCAAAGGGGUAAAGUAAAACUGUCUUUAACCCGUGUACAAAACGUGUAUUGCGUGUCAUGUGUGUGCAUUAAGAUACUGUUAUAUGGCAAUUUAUUUAUACGUGUCAUCCAUUGUGAGAGUUUAAAGAAUAUAAAUAUAUUGUCAAGAUUAGACACGAAGAAUUGUAGACAGUAUGUAUAUAAAAUUUAUCAUCCAAA